AUGGCGCUUCAGAUGCUUUGCGGCCUCCUGCUGCUUUGUGCCUCUGGAAUGAGUGCCAUGCGGGCGACAGAAGACGACUUGGAUGCUGACUUGCUCGACGAUGGAAUCAGUACUGUACCUUGGGCAACACUCGAUGAGAAGAGCCGAGCAGACUUGCUGCAGCAGGGCUUCAAGAACAACGCCUGCUACUGCAAGAAGGUGAAGUCGGAAGCAGAAUGCCCGAGUGAGGAGGAAGGCGACCCGCGAUGGUAUCACAAAGACAAAGGCGACGAGAAGAAUAACCUCUGCUGCAAAAUUGCAAACACCGGCUUCUUCACCUACGUCGGAUGGUCCUACACGAAGAUGGAUGGUGGACUUUCGCUAUGUGAAUCAGAGAUCCGCCCAGUGCCUGCUACAUCGUGCUGCUGGUUGGACGGACUGGUGGCCAAUCCAGUGGGCAUUCGGGUCAGCAGAGUCAGCACAGAUCUGGAGGUGGACCUGCACGCCUAUUCACAGAAGACCCCGGUCGUGCACAAGAGUGGCUUUAACUUCAGAAUUGAGGACAUCACCGGUGGCAGAGACUACAACAGCGCGGUCGAUGUUUAUGAUGUGCAGAAGUUUGUGGAGUACAAUUACGAAGCUGGUCGCUUUGACAAGUUGCAGUGUCGUAAGACACUGUUUCGGGAGGACCGAGGUUAUUGCGUGGUGCGAGAAAAAGCAGCCACUGCGUGCUGCUGCCACAAGGCAAGUCUGCUGGAGGCGACGAGGUGUUUGAAUGCACCGAAAGCGCCGAAACAACAGACAGUGAUAGUGAUGCCACAGAGCCAGGACCGCCGCCAGCUGACCGGAAUGCCAAAGCAAACUUAUAUGGAGGAGGACAAUAUGCCGAAAACACUCAGCUCGGUAGAUCCAGAAGCAGAAGACGAUUUCGACACUUAUGACGACGAGACUGAGAUGGUUUGGACAUGGUCCAGAGUCCAGGCCCAGAAGCAGUGGACAAGUCAUUGCUCGAAGAACUUGACAUCUGGUGCCUGCAUCGAAAUGAAUUAUACUCGCGUUUGCCCGUAUGGAAAGGGCCUCUAUGAAAAGAAGCUGUACACCGGAUCCACGUACAGAGAGAAGCCGCGGCCCAAAGAUGUUCACUCCAAUCUGCUUGAAUGGGUCGCUCCGAUGACGUACGAGUGCCCUCGGGGGGACAAGUUUCUCGGCGGCCUCAAAGACGGUAAGGCCAAGCUGGAGUUUAUGCAGGGGGAGUCGCUCAGCUUUCAUGGCCUUCUCAGCGCUAAGCGCAAAGAGAUGGAAACGGAGCUGGAGGAGUCACUGCAGCACACCAAGCGCAUCAGCGAGGUUUUGGACAAAGCGAGCUCGCUGGAGGAGUUCGAAACACAUGGAGGCCCUGGCGAGUACCUGCGCGAUGCUGUCACGAAGGCUGGCGAUGCCGUCGGCAUUGGCUACCGUGUCUUUAUCCUCAACCGCUUGGCUCAUGCUGGCGGUCUACGGGGCGACUUCUGGCAUCGCGCGGGCUUGGCUUUGGCGCCAGCUGUCGCCGAGAUGCGAGGAGACCUACUCGGGCUGGCAGCCAAUGCUUUCACCGCAGCAGGGGAGAUUCCCCGCCCUCUUGCCGAGGCGAUCUCACGGCGAGUCUUAGCCGAAGCAGACCUGGCAGACGUGCCGGUGGAUAGUCUUACGCUCCUCUUCCACUCAUCGCGAGAACUGACUUCCACUGCUGCCUGGGCAGUGGAGCAGCACUUGCCAGAAAGGCUUUCAGAAAUGAACGACCACGAUGCCGCUCUCUUUCUUUCCUCUGUAGGUGUGUCCAAGGGCCCUGCGAAGCGGCCCGAGCAGCUCAAGGCUCUGGGGCGCAGCCUAACAACAGCCCCGGGUCUGACUGGGCCUGCCUUGGCUCAGCUGGCGCAGGCCUUCGCACGACUGCGAAGCCGCGACGAGGGCGUCUUGCUCCCACUUCGGGACCUCGUCAUGGCCAAAGCACGGCGCGGAGCCCGGAGUCAGCAGCUACCGCCCCAGUCUUUGGGCAUGGUCUCCAACGCGUUCGCCCGGAUGAGCUUCCUGGAGUCCCGUACCAGUGUAACCUCUGAGUGGUGGGUGAAGGCCAAAACUCCGGCCAGCACCCCUCCGGAAGAGGGUGGAGACCCACCCGGUACUGGCUGCAGCCGCCGCGGCUGCCAACAGGCAAGCCGGGCUGAGCGAAUCCGGGCCGUGCGCCUGGACUCACACGACAGCGAGGGGCACGCAGAGGGGCUGUCCGUGCCGGCAAACUUGGCUUCCUGUUCACCGCAGUCCUUGGCCAUCGCCAUGAAUGCGUACAGCAAGUUCGUUCCAGACUUGAAAAGAGCAGGCAUGCUGACACGCGUGGAAGUUUGGUUUUCCCAAGCUGCUCAACAGGUUGUGGAUGGUGCAAAGAACUACCAGGUGCAAAACCUGGUGAACGUCUUGGCUGCCUUUGCUCAACUCGGUCUGCGAGACCUCGCGCUGCUCUCAACCGCCACCAAAGAACUGCUGCUGCGAAAGGACCAGUGGAACUCACAGGACGUUUCGAACCUGGCAAGUGCGCUGGCACGGCUGGAGUACUGGGACGGCAAAAUCUUCUCUGCUUUGGGGUCCGCAGCCAAGCUCUGUACAGAGCUGGGAGAAGUCGCAUCACUGCUGAACUCGUUGGCUCAUUUCCUGAAGCAGCCCUUGCCGGCAGACAUCUCUGCUGCCGUAGAACCAUCUUUCGAUGCAGUGCGGCUGUCUGAAGAGAGCCUUGCCAGAGGUGAUAUCUUCCAGAUGGCCUUGUUGCUGAAUUCCCUGUCGAAAGUGCGACCGGCGUCCCCGGCCACCGCUACGCUGAUCCGGGGCCUAGAGGCCAGAUGCCACCCGCACUUCGUGCCCGCGGGAGCGGUGGUCAGUCUCUCUUUGGGAGCCUUUGCCCGGCUCCUUUGCUUGCCGCCUUGGGGGCUUCAGGAGGCCGCGAAGAGGAGCGCCGAAGCUAAGGCACACCACUCUCUGGCGCUGCCCAAUGGCGUGGGGUUGCUGAGUGCGCUGGUGCGUCUUGAUGCUCUGCGGACACCCAUGAGGCCCUGGUUCAACCGGAUCUUGGCAUCUUUCUCGGCUCUCCUAGCAUCCAGCAGUGUGGCGGGCUGGAACGCCCGGAGCUUGCCCACGGCGUUGGGAGCACUGUGUAUGCUCUCCGGCUGCUCGUCGUCCAAGGAGGGUGACAUUUGCAUCACGCAUUGGUCGGCUGUCACUACCUCCCUCUGGGUGCUGGCUAACAAGACCCGAAUUCCCACAGCCCGUCUGCCAGCGCUGAAGAUUCCCGGUUACGGCUUUAAGUUUCUAAGCCAGGCACCAGUGGGCAUCCGUUCCUUUGCGCCCGAAGAUGCGUCUAUGUGA